GCAAUUGUGCAGUGGCCCGUCAGAUGGCCUCUGCAGAGCGGUGCAACGAGCAGAGAGAUGAUAGAAGAAAAGAUGGAGAGAAGGAGAAAAAAACAACAACGAAGAGAACAGAGCCGAGCGUACUCAGGAGAGAGCCGUAGAUGCUGAGAGUGCGUGGUGUUGUGGCAAAGGGAGGUCAAAAGGUGGAGGGCACGAGGUUUUGCCCGGAAGCAGACGAAAGGCUGGUCACGAAGGUUUUUUGGCUUGAGCGCCUGGUGACGCCCCCCUUGACCGCGUUGAAAGCCCAGCAGCAGGUACCUGUUUCGGUGCAACACAGUGCCAGAUCCAGCGCCAAAGCCGCCCAAGGCGCCCCCCCAAAGGAGCCCCAAAGGAGGGGCAAGUUGGGCGGUAGGCGAGCUGUCCAGCGCUCGGUAGGGCUAGGAGCAGGCUCUGGCCGCUGCCUGAUCCGUCGCCCACCACCCACCGGCCAGCACGAGGCUGCGUGCACGGCUUAGUCGAGUCAUCUUGGCGGGAUGCAGUAACAUGUACAGGUACAAAUUGACUGACGUGAUUGAUCACCUAAUGAUACGGAGAAAUUGAUGUGCAU